GUACCCAAAAAAGGGAGGUUAGACAGAUAGAAGAGCAUGGGCCGUGGGUCCUGCUGUCCCACACAAAAGUUAUUCGAAUUUUGACAAUUUACCGAACACGAGUACGGCUCUCUUGGGUGGGAGAGUGGGCUGGUACUGGCGUACUGCUACCGGUACUUAGGGGUAGUAACUGGCUCUAGAAUCGCCUAAUGUGUUUUCACCCCUCUUCUCUCUCUCUCUUCCUCUCUUUCUCUGUUCAAGGAACAACCAGCAUUUUCAUGGGGUCUAUGCUCGGUGACUGGCCCUCCUACAACCCCCACAACUUUAGCCAACUCCGACCCUCCGAUCCUUCCAGUCCUUCCAAGAUGACACUUGCAACCUAUCAUCCCACUCACAACCAGACUCUUCCGCCACCUGAUCAAGUGAUAACUACCGAAUCUAAAAAUAUCCUUCUAAGGCACAUGUAUCAGCGCGCUGAAGAGAAGUUAAGACCGAAGAGAGCCGCUUCAGAACAUCUUUUACCGGAGCAUGGAUGCAAACAACCAAGGGCAUCUGUCCAAGAUCCUUCCAACUGAGCCAACCUGUAUCAAUACAUGCUAUCAAUCGAUUCUCAUUAGCGUUUCCCAUUAGCGUAAAUGUUCUAAUUCUUAAUGGUGUCUAAAACGUACAUGCUUGCUGUAGAACUGAAGAAUAUUGUGCUAGCUCAUAUUGUUGUGAACUGCUUGGCAAUAUAAUAUGUAUAUCCACAGUAUACAGAAGAAUAAAAUGGUUAGAUAUCACUUUGUUUUUGUUGCUA